GAUGGUCAUGUAGGUCUCGUGCUGAGAUCUAUGCUAUCUGGUAUUGCGUACACGAUUAUCUGACCACAGCUCCUUAAAAUGAUUCGCUCCCUCUUGUGCGCUGCACUAGUAGUGUUGGUUACGGUUGAAGCCAGCCCGAUGCCAAACUUCGGCGGUAUCGGUCUCGGCCCAGGCGCCGGUCUCGGUCUCGCCGGACCGGUGAGCGACACGUGCCGAUACUGGUGCAAGACAGACCUCGGUCAGGCCUACUGCUGCGAGAGUGGCUUGGAAGCUCCAGGAAUCGUGGCCGCUAAGCCAGGAUAUUGUCCUCCCGUGCGGCCAACUUGUCCUCGCUUCCGUGCUCCACAGCUCUGCUCCAACGACGGCGCAUGCAAGGGAGUGGACAAAUGCUGCUUCGACAAGUGUCUGGGAGAACACGUCUGUAAACCACCUCUCUUUUAAUUAAAUACAAAAAAUGCAAGGGAGGUGACAAAUGCUGCAAUGGAGUGGACAAAUGCUGCAAGGGAGUGGACAAAUGCUGCAAGGGAGUGGACAAAUGCUGCAAGGGAGUAGACAAAUGCCUGUAAUGGAGUGGACAAAUGCUGCUUCGACAAGUGUCUGGGAGAACACGUCUGUAAACCACCUCUCUUUUAAAUUAAAAAAAAAAAUGGCAUAUAUAUUCUGUUCUGCUGCACUACUUGCCGUAAAAUAGAUUCCCGAAAAUAAGACUUGAAUGAUAUUACUACUAAAUUGUUGUUAAAAUGGUACGCGAGUUAUGUUACUAUGUCAUAUCCUUUGUGCCAACAAUGUCAACUUACAUAUGCUCUCGAGUUCGUAUUUUCAUGUCAACAAUCCGAAACAAAUAAAUGCAAUGAAAUUUG